AAUGAAGAUUUCUACAGUAUCUGCUUUUGAUGGACAAAUUUUCAAUUGAAUGUUGAACCACUAGUUUUAUAUAUUUAUUCUAUGACUUAACAGUUUAGUGCACGCAUCGAUAUUAUGAAUAGCAAUUUAAUAGUUUGGACUUUAUUUCAGUGUUAAGAAAUAAACAAUUAAAAAUAAGUUAAAAUAAUUAAAUACAAAAUGUUUAAUUACGGUCUUAGGCAUAGUAUGUUUUUAUUUCAAAAAUUACAAUCUACUUUAUCAUUUUCAUUUAAUACGAUAAAUAAAACAUGUUUUAACCUUAAUGGAAUUCAAAUAAGUGAUUUUAUAAGACGUAACUUGUGUCAAACUGUGCAAAUAAAGUCGAAAGAAGAAAUAGAUGAAUUUCAUCAAAAAGAAUUAGAUAAACUAUUAGAAAAUCCUGCAUACAGUAAAGCGUAUAAAUUGUUACAAUAUGAAAUAGAAUAUAUGCGAGAAAUGAGCGAAAAUGUUCCCAAAGUCAUUCGACCAAAAGAUUAUAUAUAUUUAUUAAACUCACCUUCGAAAACUCACCAAAGGAAACAUAUUCGAUUUCUUUUUUGCAAUGAAAUUAAAAGAGAAAAUUUGAAAGAAAAAAGGAAACAAAAAUCAGAAGAAUUACGUUUAGAAUUGGAAGAAUACAGAAAAGUAUGUCCUAGUGGUUUAUUAUAUGGUCUUGGACACAAUUCUCUAUUCCUGCGAAUAUAUGACCAAACCUUAGAUAGUUAUUUAAACUAUAAUUCAGCGAUAUAUUCGAGGUUUGAACCAAAGAUAGUAUUCGAUUGUGGAUACAAUAAUGUCAUGUCACCAUUUGAAAUAAAGAAUUGUGCUAGACAAUUAGUACUAUCUUUAGUCUUCAAUCGUCAGCAUAGGACUCCAGCUGAACUUUAUUUCUGUAAUGCAGCACCGGAGAAUGAAAUAGUUACAACACUUCUUAAACUGGUACCAAAUCUUUAUGAAGAUACUUUUCCAGCAAAUGUUACUCCUCUUUCUUAUCUUGAUAUGUUCGAUAAAAACGAAUUAGUUUACCUAACACCUCAUUGUAAAACAGAAAUGACACAUUAUGAUCCUGAUAAAGUUUAUAUUAUUGGUGCAAUGGUCGAUAAGGCAUCUCCUCAACCUUAUUCUUUAGCUAAAGCUAAAAAGGAAAAAUUACGUAUGGAGAAACUGCCAUUAGAUAGAUACUUAAACUGGGGUUCUGGAAGUAACAAAUGUCUUACCCUCAACCAAGUUUUAGCUAUAUUAUUAGAUAUAAAAUAUACUAAAGAUUGGAUGACUUCUUUAUUUAAUCAUAUUCCAAUUAGAAAAUUACAGCCAGAACAAAGAAUGGAUAGAGAAAAAUUUUAUGAGAAAAUUACAGCCAGAACAAAGAAUGGAUAGAGACAAAUUUAUAAAAAAAUUAUAAAUAAUAAUUUUUUAAUUGUAU